GUGCCUACGUUCAAGUCGAUCAUGCACUCCACGUUGUUGUCAUUGCUGUUAAUAAUGUCGUGCCGUGAAUAGGUUCUAAUACUUAUUUAUUAUUUAUGAAAAAUGGAUACUAUUAUUUAAUAAUGUGAAAUUGAUUGAACAUCAUUCAUAGACGCUUUUUCAUUAAUAUUUUUAAAGUGCAGUUUGUAUGUAUAUAUAUAUAUAUAUAUAUAUAUAUAUAUAUAUAUACACAUUUUUAUAAAAAUAUAUCAUUUGCUUGAAAGUUUAACGUUACCGUGCGUUAUAUACGUACACGCAAAAAUGUAUGCACGUGUUAAUUUUCACGAUGAACCGAAAAAAUUCUACACCAAACAUAACAGAAAUCAAAUGUUCGCUACAAGAUACAGACCAUUUUCAGCCAAAAAGUUUCAAAGAUUUUGACCCACGAAAAAUAUACUAUGCCAAGUGGACGUGUGAAUUAACAUGUUUAGAUGAACAUGAGCAUUUCGAUUAUUAUCCGUGCUACAUUAUUAAUCUAGGAGAGAGUAGAAUGCAACUUAAAGAAAUUGAAGAAACCACUAGAAAUAAGAUACCAAAAAUUGUACAGGAUUUUGGAGAACUACCCAACUCACAAAAAAAAAAACGAAUGAAAGUUUAUCUCUUAAGAAGUGGGAAAAAGAAACAAAAAGAAAUGUUUUGAAAAAUCGAUCAGAGAGUGUUUUGAGUAAAUUGAGCCAAAAUGUAUCUGAGUUUUAAGAUGACUCGGACUGUAGUCAUAAAAAGUCAUUAAAAAAAAAAAUGUCACCAACAUGGAAUUGAAAAUUAGAUUAGCCCGUCUACGGUCAGAUGAUAUACCACGCAAGGAAUCAAAUGUUUUCGAAGAAAAUGAAACAGAGACUAGCAAGAACAGUACGCCCAUAUCCUCUGCAUCAUCUACACCAGUUUCUAAUAAAAAUCUCAAUAGAGAGUCACUUGGAAAUUUUUCACCUGCAUUAAAUGAUACAUCUCCAGCAGCUAGUCCAAAAGUGAAUGAGUCACCUAAAACCGUAUUAUCACCUUCACUUAUCAGUGAUCGCAAUGCUGAUGGAAAACACGUUAAAGAACCAGCUAAAGGUUCUUCAUCUACGUUAUAUAGUGCAUUAAAUAAAAAUAAAGCACUAGUUUCACCCGCCAAGUAUGAUUAAAAUUUAUCGCCUAACAAACCUGUAUCUCCAGGGCAAGAAAAUCUCUCAAGUUCUAGUGAUAGUGAUGCCGAUACAAAAAAAAAGAAAGAAACGUAAAAGUCAUUCUGUUGAAGAAUAUAGAAACAAAGGUGAGAUUAAAAAAACUAGUUCAGCAGUCUAUAGACUAUUAUGAAAAGGGCGAUGGAAUGAAUGACAGAAAAAAACGCUACAAAAAAACAGAUGAUGAUCUUAUUUAUCUGGGAGAAGGAUUAGCUGUUCCAAUAAUAGGAUGGUAUGGAAUACAGACGAUGGGUCCAAAAUCAUUUAUAGGAGAACUGAUACCAAUGUUUUGGAACUCUGAGGAUCUUUCUAAAAGGGCACUUAAUGUAGAUAAAGUAAGUACAAAAGUUAAAGGCUCACCCAUCAAAACAAUAGAAGGGUCUCUUUUGAGGUUAUUAAUUAGUGUGUACUGCGAUUACUUAUCAGACCAAUCUAUACCCGCUGUAAAUAAAGUUAAUUAUUUAUAUAGUGUUACCGAUAUUUUGUCAAAAAAAAUUAGAAAUUGUAGGCAAAAGUAUUUAGAAAAUGUAAGAGAACAAGAGCUUAGACAACAAAAGGAGCGUAAAAAGGAAGACGUUAAAAAAAGGUUGAAAUUUUAAACAGUUUUAUUAGUUUUCAUAUUUUUUAAUUGAGUGAUAUUAAAUAUUAAACUAUUUAUAAAAA